AAAAUAGUCAAAAUACUGUAAAAAUUAAAUUUUGGUUUUUGACUUUUGAGUUAAAUUUUGUUGAAAUUUACUAUAUUUCUAUACUUCUAUAUUUCGCCAUUCCUUAAAUUAUUGUAUUUGCGAAACUUAUCUUGUUAUCGUUCGCUUUAGUUCGAUACAAGUUAGUUAGAAUAUCAUAUUGAUUUCAAAACGUUUCGGCUUAAGUACCAGUGCACCACCAAGCCGUACGCUUUUCGCAAGCCAUCCUUCACGGCGCACGUAUUCUCAGAAAUUGUGAGUUUUGAGUUAAACGUAAACGAAAAUUCUUUCAGUCCAUCAUGGAAGCAGCACAGAGAAAAGUGGAAGAUGCAGUGAACAAGAUGUUGACUGAAGUGGACAGUAGUCACUUGCGAAAAGUUCAGGGUCAGGCGUUUAAAUGUUGUGCUUCAUGCUGCGAUGAUACUCGCAGCUCGAUGGAGGUUCGACAAAAUUGCAUUGGCAAGUGCAUGGAACCCGUUGCCAAUAGCCAGGAUAUUUUGGCUGCUGAGUUGUCUAACUUUCAGAGUCGGAUUGAACGCUGCGUAAUGGACUGCCACGACCAAAUGCGGGACAGAGGUGAAGACACUAAAAAGCCCUCUGCAAAAAUGUCCGCCGGUUUCGAUGCGUGUGUGGCAUCGUGUGCGGAAACGCACAUCAAACUUCUCCCAAGCAUAACCAAAAAGAUUCAAGCGCAAUUAGCGAAAUUUUGAACGAUGUGUGCGAGUCGGUAUCCGUCUUUUGUUUGUUGUGGUUCUUAAAAUGUUGGCAAGCGUGAACGCUUUUUAUUCUCUUAAUGGUUGAUUGUGUAUCUUAUACGUACAGUUAUGGUUGUUUGAUUAUAUGACAGGUUAACUGGACUGCCUUGAGAAGAAAAUAAUAAACCAAACUUCAAGCAAAUUGGAUGUCAGUAUUUUUUU